CAUUCGCUCGAACUCGAACGAAAUCAGAGUCAUUAUCCAACCUUUUGCUGUUCUCUGAAAGAGCGCUCCUCGAUCAGCUCGCGAGCCUCUGCCCCCGUCACCGGUUUUCGACCGACGAUCCACAAGCAGGUUGAUCCCCGGCACAAUUGGACUCGCAACUUGGGCCUAGGGAAUCGCUCCCCGGGCCUCCCAUUGCCCGCGAUGCAUUUCGCUCUCCCCCCGCGAAAGACAUCGCGGCCUCCACCAUACCUCCCGCGCACAUCCCGCUUGCCCGGCCUCCGGAAAACACGCGCGAAACUCUUUGCGCUCGCAGGGCUCGUCUUCCUCACCUUUAUCUACCUACUUACCCGGUCAGACAGUGGGUGGCAUGCCGUGCCGUCACCCCGUGUACCCAAGGGCGACCCGCCCGUCGUGCUGGUGACGGUGCUAGAUGCAAGCAGAUACAACGGCGCGUAUCUGGAAACGGUCAAGCGGAACAGGCUGCAGUAUGCCGAGAAGCAUGGCUACAAGACUCUCCUUGCCAAGAUUGGCGACUACGACCUGGGAGGCUCACCGUUCUCCUGGGCGCGCGUGGUCGCCAUGCUGGACGCACUAACCAAGUUUCCGGACGCUCGUUACAUCUGGUUCCUUGAUGCCAGCGGUUUCAUUAUGAACCCAAACAUCAAGAUCGAGGACGACAUCAUGCAGCCGGCGAAGCUCGACGAGAUGAUGAAGAGGGAUCUCCCCGUCGUCCCGCCGGACAGCAUCAUUAAGACGUUUAGCCACCUAAAGGGCCAGGACGUGGACCUGGUGCUCACGCAGGAUAAGGAGGGUUUGACGUCGAGCAGCGUGAUCUUGCGCAACGGCGAGUGGGCACGCUUCUUCCUCCAAACCUGGUUUGGUCCGCUGUAUCGAAGCUACGCCUUUCAGAAGGCCGAGACGCAUGCCUUGGAACACAUUGUGCAGUGGCACCCCACUAUCCUUUCUCGGCUGGCAAUCGUAGACCAGCGCGUCCUCAACUCCUACGUCAAGGGCAAACAGGAGGAGCUAUACAGAGAUGGCGACUUUGUCAUCGGCUUUCCCGAUUGCGCCGACUCCGGGCCAGAGGCAUGCGAGUCCCAAUCCCGGCCGUUUGUGCAGGCGUGGCAGAAUGCGUUUGCGAGCACAUGAGAGGACGGGAUUUCAGUGGGUAAUGGCUCCGAAGGGUGGCUUUCGCGCGCCUCUGACAGCGUGGACUAGCUCUCGACUGCAACUAGUCCGCGGCUUGGAACUUUUGUGAUAUUAUGACUCCGGCGUUGGAGGGUUUGCGACACGGGACGGGUGGCUGGUUAGCCCUGGAAAACACAGGAGCAACAAGCAUUGAUUUGGAAGAGGGCAUGACAAAGGAGUUGUUGGGUAGUUUGAUGCCGUUAAUCUUAAGCCUUCUUGCUUCUACCGAGAUGGUGAGGAGAUAGUCCGUGUAAUGGACUCAUACGCUGCACGCAAAAGGAGCAUAUCCAGGCCUAUCUUGGGCAUUCGGAAUCAC